CGGAAUCCAUCUAUAUGAUUAUAUGACCGAGACCAAGAGGGGAAAACCUAAACCUACCCCACCCAUUGUUUCGGACUCUCUUUUGUUGGACGUCAGUCAUGGAAGAAGCCAUCGGCAGAAGCCCCGCAGAGAAGAGGAUUGCAGUUGUUACAGGAGGGAACAAAGGGAUUGGAUUGGAGAUAUGCCGGCAACUGGCUCUCAAUGGGGUCAAGGUCAUACUAACAGCCAGAGAUGAGAAGAGAGGCAUGGCAGCAGUAGAGAAGCUCAGAGACAGUGGUGUUUCUGACGUGGUCUUUCAUCAAUUGGAUGUGACGGACUCUUCUAGCAUCGCUUCCUUGGCACAUUUCAUUGGAGUUCAGUUUGGAAAGCUGGACAUCUUGGUAAAUAAUGCAGGAGUUGCGGGAGUAGCAAUAGACUUGGAGAAACUAUCUGAGUUUUUGAAGGCUUCAAAAUCUACAAAUGAAGAGAAAGUUGAAGAUACAGAUGGUGUCCGAAAUUGGAUGAAGGAAAAUUUUCAACGAACUUAUGAGAUGGCAGAAGAAUGCAUGAAAACAAAUUACCAUGGCGUUAAAAAUGUUACAGAGGCAUUACUUCCCCAUCUUCAAUCAUCUUAUUUUGGGACAAUUGUAAAUGUUUCCUCUACCCUUGGGCAACUUCAGUGCAUCCCAAAUGAAGGGCUUAGACAGGAGCUAAAUAACAUAGAUGGUCUUUCAGAAGACAGAUUGACUGAUUUAUCAAAUUUGUUUUUGAAAGAUUUCAAGGAGGGCUUGCUUGAUGCUAAUAAUUGGCCAACUUUUUUAUCGGCAUAUACAGUGUCUAAAGUACUUGUUAAUUGCUACACGAGGAUUCUUGCAAAGAGGUACCCUAGUUUAUGCAUUAAUUGCAAUAGUCCUGGAUUCGUCAAAACUGAUAUAAACUAUAACACUGGGAUCUUGACCACCGAAGAAGGAGCCAAAGGACCAGUGAUGUUAGCCUUAUUGCCUAAAGGUAGCUCCUCUGGACUUUUUUAUGAUCAAACUAAAAUAUCACCAUUCUAAAUAUGGUGGUCUCGCCACAAUAGUGUUGGUUUGAAAGAGAGAUGAUCUUCCCCCUUCUUGUAUGUUUGUAUAUCAAUUAUGACCAUUUGUGAAUUGUAUACAUUAUAAGAGUUGUGUAUGGACAUUAUUAUGUGUAUGGAUAUCUAUUAUUUUUGUUUUAAAUUUAA